UUAGUGGGACCUGCACUGGCAUGUCUUACUUUGCCGAUUUUCCUGGCAAUUAGCCAGGCUGGCCCCCUCCUGUAUUCCUGGGAUGCGGAGGGAAUCUGCAUGCCUUUGACUCCCGCAUCCCUCCCUCAGUGCUAACGCUUUCCCCUUUUUCUCCCAGUUCCCAGCAUGUCCACAGAUGGCGGCUUCGGUACAGCUGGCAACAGCGAUGCCCAGCAAAGCCUCCAGUCCUUCUGGCCACGAGUGAUGGAGGAGAUCCGCAACCUCACGGUGAAAGACUUCAGAGUUCAAGAACUGCCCCUGGCUCGUAUUAAGAAGAUAAUGAAACUAGAUGAAGAUGUGAAGAUGAUUAGCGCUGAAGCUCCUGUGUUGUUCGCCAAGGCAGCUCAGAUCUUCAUAACAGAAUUGACUUUGCGAGCGUGGAUACACACAGAGGACAACAAACGCAGGACUCUGCAGAGGAAUGACAUUGCCAUGGCAAUUACGAAGUUUGAUCAAUUUGACUUUCUUAUCGAUAUCGUUCCAAGAGAUGAACUGAAGCCUCCAAAGCGGCAGGAGGAGGUGCGUCAGGCUGUGACCCCAGCCGAGCCCGUACAGUAUUAUUUCACGCUCGCCCAGCAGCCUGCUGCAGUGCAAGUUCAGGGGCAGCAGCAAGGACAGCAGACCACGACGUCCACGACCACCAUCCAGCCCGGGCAGAUCAUCAUCGCCCAGCCGCAGCAAGGGCAGACCACCCCUGUGACGAUGCAGGUGGGAGAAGGCCAGCAGGUGCAGAUCGUGCAGGCCCAGCCGCAAGGACAGACCCAGCAGGCGCAGAGCGGGACCGGGCAGACCAUGCAAGUCAUGCAGCAGAUCAUCACCAACACAGGAGAGAUCCAGCAGAUCCCGAUAACGCAGACAGAAGUCCAGCAAGGACAGCAGCAGUUCAGCCAGUUCACAGAUGGACAGCUUUAUCAGAUCCAGCAAGUGACCAUGCCUGCAGGCCAGGACAUCACCCAGCCCAUGUUCAUUCAGUCCACCAACCAAACCUCAGAUGGCCAGGCCACGCAAGUGACAGGGGACUGAGCGGACAUCACAUCUCCGUGUGAAAACAAACACGUUACCAACAAACACGUUACCAGCCCGACCUUCGCCGUACCAACCUGGUCCGGUGAAUCCAUCUGCUUCUCUGUAUCCGUGCUCAAUAUUCAGCCUAUAGUAGGCUGCGGUCUCUGGUGCACUAUACACCUUCCUCUGGUGGGUAUGAGAGCAUAUCCAGCAGACACUGACAAGAAUGCAAUAUUUGUAUUUUUAUUUUUAGAAGUCAAUAUUUCGGUGUAUUCAGCUGCCUGUUCAACCCCCGGAAACUGAAGAGAACUAAUCGAAAGGAAUUUGUAGCAUCUCAUUGAAUGAUGUGUCAAACGUUUUUAUCUAGUGAAAUUAUUAAAGGGUACUGCAUCAGGUUUGUUGUAAGAGCUUUAUUCCCGGUAUUCUGUUUGUAUUUUUCUCCAAAUAGAGCUAGAUUCAGUCCUACCAUCUCAGUGGUCCAUUAGGGGCAUGGGGGGGGGGGGGGGGCGUGUACGUGUGUUAGAUUUUCCUCUCCUGCCUCCUUUUUUGGUAAGCCGGAGCAUUGAGUGUAUGCAGCUAGGGGGCAGGGAGUAGGGGAAGAGUAAUUAAAGUGAAAACAAAAACAUUCCUUGUAUUAUGACUGUAUUUUCUAAGGGCAAACGAUUCUUUAAUUUGGCUUGGUUUAUUCCAGAAACACUAAUGGAAGUCUGGACAAACCCCAGCCCUGCUGUUAACUGUUGUACUAGCUUCAGUCGAUGCAUGUAAUAUAAGCUUCAUAAAACAAAAUAAAUUUCCUUUUUAAGAUAA